CCCGCCGGGCCCUGCGUGCCCAUGGCAACCGCGCCGGAAGCGCCGGCGGCGGGAGGACGUGAUGCGCCGGAAGCCGGGAGAGGCCGUGCGGAAGUGGAGCCGCCAUGGAGCUGAGUGAGAUGCUCUACAACAAGUCCGAGUACAUCGAGACGGCGUCCGGCAACAAGGUGAGCCGUCAGUCCGUGCUGUGCGGCAGCCAGAACAUCGUCCUCAACGGCAAGACAAUAGUUAUGAAUGACUGCAUCAUCCGCGGUGACCUGGCGAAUGUCCGGGUUGGGAGACACUGCGUGGUGAAAAGCCGCAGUGUCAUCAGGCCACCCUUCAAGAAGUUCAGCAAAGGGGUGGCUUUUUUCCCUCUCCAUAUUGGUGAUCAUGUCUUCAUAGAAGAGGACUGUGUGGUCAAUGCAGCCCAGAUCGGCUCCUAUGUCCACAUAGGCAAGAACUGUGUCAUUGGCCGCAGGUGCGUUUUGAAAGACUGCUGCAAAAUCUUAGACAACACAGUCCUACCUCCUGAAACAGUUGUCCCACCGUUCACAGUGUUCUCGGGCUGCCCAGGGCUCUUCUCUGGGGAACUCCCGGAAUGUACCCAGGAGCUCAUGAUUGAUGUUACAAAGAGCUAUUACCAGAAGUUCCUGCCGCUCACGCAAGUCUAGCAGCCUAUUUCAUGUCUCAGACCAGUAGAGGCACUUGGAAGCGUUCUGGGGGCAGGGAGGGGGGUUGUUAAGUGAGACCAGGCCUCAGCCCUCACUGUUCUGAGAACUCUAUGAGUGUUCCUCAGCGCUGACGGUCUGGCCAAGCAGCCCUUCCUGAAAGCUGCUGUAUCCCAUGGUUUAACCUUUGUGUGCUCAUUUGGGUGUCAUUCAUUCCAUAUUGUCUGAAUUGUGCCAGUUGGGAAAGCUGAUACAGCUCCCUUUGGGGCCGCAUCUCCUCAGUGCAGCUGGGGAACAAGGCUAGAAGCAGUGAGCAUCCUGGAGCAGAAGGACUGUGUGGGUGGUGGGUGUGUUGGGGCAGUUCCUUACAAGGCUCACAGAUCCAGUGCUUUCCAUUGGCAAAAUAGGUGCUGCUCUGUGGAGCUGAGUUGGGGUGGAUGCCCUCUGCCUUUUCUCCCCGUGAACUGAGAUUCACUGUUCAUUACCUGGGGACUGGCUUUAGGACUUUUGGCUGACACUGAAACCUGUCUCUCCAUGCCCUGCCUGACAGGACACUUCAUAGCUUUUAGCUCUUGAAGCUCUCGCCUGUCACGCACGGUUGUCAUUCAUGUGGCCAGUGCAUGCUCUACUUCCUGAGCAUUGCAGACCAUAAAGAGCCGAAGGGCUUUGGGAAGAGGAUUCACUCCAUGUCACUCACAGAGCUCAGCACAGCAGAAAUAGGGUAACUAAAAGCAGGAAGCAGAGGUGGGUGAGAGAAUACUGCAAAUAUCCCCAUUUAUUCCCCAGUGUGUAUAUUUGCAGGAAGCUCUUUGGUGCUUUUCUGCAUCAUUAAACCUAAGGGGGAGAUUCAGACUUCCUGGAAAGAGUGCACAUUCCAUUUCUGACACUGAACAGGGCAGGAGUAAUUCUUGCUGGGAGCAGCUGAUACUGCAUGUACCUGACCCAGUACCAGACAACUGACUGAAAAUGAUGUGCCUGCUCUGGCUGCGUUAGCUAAAGCUUAGCAUUGUCCUUCCCUAGGUUUAAAACUGGCCUCCCACAUGUUGUAGUUAUAGCAGCUGAGGCUGAGGUGUGUAUUAGUGAUGCAGUAGGCGCGUGGCUGCCACAGCAGCCCUGAGCCUUCAGCCUUUCUUUAUAACGAAGUGCUGAUACAUCUCAAGUAGCCAACAGCUGGACCAGUGUGCAGUAACCACGGUUAAAUGUGCAAGCACUGACUGCUCUGUUUGUAUUUUUACUGUGUGUAAAUAAAAGCCUCUUCAGUUGUUCAAGCA